UGUGCAGUGACGACGAAGACAACAACAAAACACAGCUGCAGAGUAGGGUGUUAGCUUGCUAGCUGACGUUACUUGAAAUAAACCUUAAGUCUUGUCACAUAACCCUGGGCAAAAAAAGAUACCCGUAACAAACCAUGCACAUGUGUAGUUACAUAGCAAUAUGAAUCAAUCGUAAAAACUAGGAUUGAGUCAGACUAGCUAAUCAUUCCACACAGCUAGCUAGAUUUUCGGCUAGCUUUCUAAAUCCAGCUAGCUAUUAACGUUAGCUAAAUCGAUGCCGUUAAAGCUAAACCAAGCUAGCCAGCUAAGUUAGCGUGCUACCGGUAGCUCGCCAAAGCGGAGGAGGAGAUGAAAAAAAGGGUGGUGUUGAAUGACUAAAUGAUCAAGAUAAAAGAGUGUGAAGAUCGCUGGAGGAUUCAACAUGAAGUUGUAUGUGUUCCAGGUCAACAAUGGAAGCACUCUGACAUUUGACACAGAGCUUGCUGUCCAAACAGUGUUGGACCUCAAACAUGCCAUCCAGGUCAAGUACAAGAUUGCAACCCAGCAUCAAGUCCUGGUUGUCAAUGGAGGGGAGUGUAUGGUUGCAGAGAGGCGUGUCUGCAGCUACAGUGCUGGCACGGACACCAACCCCAUAUUCCUGUUCAACAAAGAGAUGAUUUUGUGUGACCGGGCUCCGACUAUCCCCAAAACCACAUUCUCUAUUGAGAAUGAGAUGGAGCUCAAGGUGGAGGAGUCACUAAUGAUGCCAGCAGUCUUUCACACCGUUGCCUCGCGAACACAACUUGCUGUGGAAAUGUGUGAAGUUGCCAAGAAACUUUGCUCUUUCUGCGAACGCCUGGUUCACGAUGAACACCUCCAACACCAAGGCUGGGCUGCCAUCAUGGCCAACCUGGAUGACUGCACGCUGUCCUAUCAGAAGCUACUGUGGAAAUUUGACACAGCAUACAUGAAUUAUCAACAAGACUUUGAGGAUAUCAAAUUGAAACUGACAAAACUGGGGACAGCAGUCUCAGUCAUGGCCAAGAUCCCCCUACUGGAGUGUCUGACCCGCCACAGCUACAGAGAAUGUCUAGGGAAGUCCUGCUCCACUCCAGCCAAGGACUCCGAUGAGACCGAGGACGAGAAGUCCACUGACUCUGUGCUCUGCCCCACCCCCACCGAAACACAAAGGAGCUCCACCAAGUUACCUAUGUCAGUUUGUGCUCCGGGGGCGGGGGGCUCACCCGACACCGCCCAAGCCCAGGAAAGCAGUGAGAUGACUGACAGUAGUGGGCUGAGGGCAGCCCUUCAGGAGGCAGACUCUCCAGAGAGGGCCAACCCCCCGUCCUUCAACGUCACACUGCUGGACUGGAUCAACGUUCAAGACCGGCCCAAUGACGUGGAAUCAGUUGUGAGGAAAUGCUUUGACUCCAUCAAUAGGCUCGACCCACGGAUCAUUCAACCAUUCUUGUCGGAAUGUCGAGACACGAUAGCCAAACUGGAUAAUCAGAACAUGAAAGCCAUCAAAGGGCUUGAGGACAGGUUAUACGCUCUAGACCAAAUGAUCGCAAGCUGUAACAAGUUGGUCAAUGAACAGAAGGAACUUGCUCAGGGAUUUCUGGCCAAUCAGAAGCGUGCUGAGAACCUGAAGGAUACGUCCGUGCUGCCUGACCUGUGUCUUAGUCACGCCAACCAGCUGAUGAUCAUGCUGACCAACCACCGGAAGCUGCUGGACAUAAAACAGAAGUGCACCACUGCCAAACAGGAACUGGCGAACAACCUACAGGUUCGACUCAAAUGGUGCUGCUAUGUGAUGCUGCACGCGGAUCAGGAUGGAGAGAAGCUGCAGGCCUUGCUGAGGCUGCUGACAGAGCUGAUGGAGAGGGUCCGGGUGGUGGACGCCCUCAGCACCGUGCCUCAGAUGUACUGCCUGGCCGUGGUGGAGGUGGUCCGCAGGAAGAUCUUCAUAGGCCACUACAGAGAGUGGGCCUGUGCUCUCGUGAAGGAUGGAAAACGUCUCUAUGAGACUGAGAAGUAUAAAAGGGAAACGUUUGGCAAGUUGUUCAGGAAAUCUUUUCUCAGAAAUCGCUUGUUUAGAGGACUUGACUCAUGGCCCCCCACUUCAUUUUGCACGCGAAAGCCCAGAAAGUUUGACUUUGAGCUUCCAGAUAUUUCCCUUGGUGACCUGCAGUACUUAAAGACCUGUUGUCCUACAGAGGUGCAGCCUUUCCUCAGGCUUCCAACACUGUGUGACUUUGAGCCUUUGCACCAGCACGUGGAGAUGCUUCAACAGUUGGUGCUAGCUACUCAAGCUGCCAGUGUGGACGAGAUGUCUCGAACUAUCACUGACUUGCUGAGCGAACAAAGGGUGUCGUGCAGCCAGAGUGCUCAGAGAUCCACGGCAGCGGUGACCCCGUUAACCACGCGGUCCAACAGCACCCCGGGGACCACCUUUACCUCGUCCAUGACCCCAUCCUCUCUCAGUCUCCCGGGCCCACUCUGCCAGCCCCUCCCUGGCCACGGCCCCACCAUGCUGGAGGACCUGUCUCCAGACAGCAUCGACGCUCAAACCUUUGACUUUGAGACCAUUGGCCACCCCAACAUGGACCCUGUCCUGCAGCAGGCCGGUUCCCUGGACCUGGACUCCCUGGCUGAGAGCCCCGAGUCAGACUUCAUGUCGGCGGUCAACGAGUUUGUGAUUGAAAACUCGCCCACCCCCAUCAGCGACCCCACCAGCCCAGGGAUGAUGGUGGAGUCGCUGUACUCUUCGGUCAUCAACGCUAUCGACAGCAAGCGCAUGCAUGACACCACCACUUUAGAGAGGGAGAACUCCAAGAUGGCCGCGCUAAAGCUGAGCAUGGAGAAGUACCGCACUGCCGCCGAGGAGUCCCAGACCAACCUGCGGAGCGUCAAGGAUGACCUGUACCGCCACAGAGACCUGCUGCUGAAGGAGCAGCGAGACUUUGGUUUCGCCCUGAAGACCAUGACCAUUGAGGUGCGCAACAUGGUGGACACCAUCCGAAAGAGAGAGGAGGAGGAGCACCAGGCCGAGCUCCUCUCCCUGCAGCAGGACCACGAGAAUCAGCUUCAGGCCCUGAUGGAAGAGAACCAGGUCAACAAGAACAUUGUGAAAGACGUGCAGCGGGCCAUGCUGGAACUGGAGGGGCUGCUGGAGCACAAGAAGAAGGAGCUCACCCAGUUGGAGGUCGAGAGAGAGGAUUGGGCCGAGGCAGAGAACGGACACACUCAAACAGCCAGGGUCCUGGAGCAGAAGAUCAGCGAUCAGGUCCAAGAGGUGCAGACCCUGGCUGCCUCCAGAGACUCCCUGGCCAGCCAGCUGGAGACGCUGCACAUUGAGAUCGAGCGCGGCCAGCAGAAGAUCCGCCAGGAGCUGGAGGGGGCCAAGCAGUCCCACCUGCAGGAGCUGGAGGAGAGGAUGAGGCACCAGCACCAGGCCCAGCUAGAUACCCUGGCCCGGGAGAACCAGGAGGCCCUGGAGCAUCUGGCCACAGAGAACAGGGCCAAGCUGAGCGAGGUCACUGACCUGCACACCGCCACCCUGACAGAGAGGGACUGCCAGCUGAGGGACCUGGAGGCCCGGGUCAUCGAGCUGGCUGACCUGCGCUGCAAGCUGGAGGUGGAGCUGGCCCUGAAGGAGUCUGAGACGGAGGAGGUGAGGCUGCUGUACGAGGAGGCCAAGCAGGGGCAGCAGGAGGCCAAUGUGGGGAAGGCCACUGUGGAGGCUGAGACCCAGUCCCUCAGCGAACAGCUAGCCCAGGUUAACAGGCAGCUGCAGGCCAAGAACGAGGAGUACGAGACGGACCUGGCUGAGCUGAGGAGGCUGAUGGAGAAGGACCAGUGUAUCUCUGAGUUGGUGGACAGGCACGAGGAGGAGAGGAACCAGCUCCUCAGAGAGCGGACUGCCCUGCAGCAGCAGACCCUGGACACCGAGAGGAGCCAAGUUGAGCAGCUGCAGAACCUCCAGCGAGACCUCGACCUGCAGACAGUGGCACUGUGCGAAGAUAAGGAGAAGCAGCGGGGGAGUUCUGAGGAGCAGGAACAACACUUAAGGACUGUUAUCUACGAUUUGCAGGUGGAGAACGACCUGCUCGCCAAAAGAAUAGAGCAAGACACACAAACAGCCCAGGAACGUUUGGAGAAAGAGAUGGCCUUGAAGGCUGCUGUACCAGAUGUCUUUAAAGACUUAAAGCAACAGAAGGUGGAAAUGGAGAAAAGACUGUUAGACAAAAUUAGACAACUUGAAUGUGACCUUCAGGAAAGACAAUCCUCUGAAAGAGAGGCAGGGUUGUCGGAGGUACAGACAGAGGGUCGGGGGUCUGAUGCAGGGGCUCCUCUCUCCCUGGACUCUGCAUUGCAGGAGCAUCUGCAGCAGGAGACUGCCUCGCUGCACACCCAGCUGGAGCUCCUGGAGAGGAGGAAGAACGAGGAGAUGCAGAACCUCAAGACCUCCCUCAUUGCAGAACAACAGACUAACUUCAACACUGUGCUGACGAGAGAAAAGCUGAAAAAGGAACAGAUCAUCAAUGAUCUGACAGAGAAGCUGCGGAAGGUUACCCAGCAACAGGAGAAGGACAAAGGUCUAAUAGAGACACUGUCUGAAGACCGGGCCAUCGUCAUGCAGGAGAAGAAGCAGUUGGAGGAGGACCUGAACCGGCUGCGCAGCACUGCCCUGGUGUCCUCGGCCUACUACAGCCCUAACCUCUUAGCUCUGGAGCCCACUGGAGCCGGGCCUGGACCUGGGCUUUGUCCUGGUCCUGGGACUGAAGUUGAGGUUGGGGCUGGAGCCUGCUACUCGGAGCCCUUCCUUGACACAGACAGACUGGCCUCUGUGGCCGCCAUCAGAGAGGACGACAAGGUGGACUCAGCUGUGGAGGCCAGUAUGGUGACCGUACACGAUAACAUCCUGAUGAUGUCCGAGGAGAAACAGCGGAUACUGUUACUUGAGAGGACUUUACAUAUGAAGGAAGAGGAAAACAAGCGCCUCAGUCAAAGACUGAUGUCUCAAAGCAUGUCCUCGGUGUCGUCACGGCAUUCAGAGAAAAUCGCCAUCAGAGAUUUCCAGGUUGGUGACUUGGUUCUGAUCAUCCUAGAUGAAAGGCAUGACAACUAUGUACUGUUCACCGUGGGUCCCACCCUGUACUUCCUCCACUCCGAGUCCCUCACUGCACUGGACCUCAAACCAGAUCCUAUGUUUACUUCAGCAUCAGGAGCCUCAAGACGCCCGUGGGUUCUUGGAAAAGUGAUGGAGAAGGAAUAUUGCCAGGCGAAAAAGGCUCAAAACCGGUUCAAAGUUCCUUUGGGCACCAAGUUCUACAGGGUGAAAGCUGUUUCAUGGAACAAGAAAGUAUAAUAUAGCCAAGUUAUGAUCUAAAAUGUAUGUUUAUAUUGCAUAAAGUUUUAAAUAGACUCUCACAUCAUUCAUAAAUACAUCUCUUAUCAACUUGAAAAUGAAAAGAAAGAUGAUAAUCAGGCUAUUAUUUGGGCUUUCAGUUCAACAUCCCAUCAACCCUCUCUCUUUUUAAUCCAGAAGAUUUGUUAUUGUGGACCAAACGCUAUUUCUUUAUUAGGGCAUGGCCCUAAACACUGGCAGAAAGCAUUCAUACCUGGGUGUAAAUUGAACAAAAAGUAUUUGGAUGUUUAUAUAUUUCAUUCAUUAUCAGCAUUUGUCCUCUUUGUGGAAAAUACUGUAUCAUUACCAACAACAAAUGAAAAUAUACAUUUAUUAUAAAUGUUUAUGAAGGAAUGUUCAUGGCAUGCAUAUUGAUAUAUUUUCUUUGAUUUCACUUAUCCAGUUAAAUGUCGUAGUUGGAAGUGUAGUCAAUGCUGUUUGUUACUCACAGCGCAGUAUGGCCCUGUGUUAAUACUGACAUGUACAUUUUGGCCGACUGGUGAAAGCGGUCGUCAUUGCAAUCCUUGAAAAUGCACUUUCAAAAAAACAAUGCUUUUUGUUGAUUCAAAAGGGAAGGAAUUGUGCUGACAAAUAAAAUAAAUACGUAAAAAUGAACUACAACAGCUCAAAACUUCCCGCUGUCAUAGAAUAUUGAUAUGUAGAAAGGAAUACUUUGCUUGUGACUGUGUUUCAUUACUGGAUGACAUUGUACAUUACCCAUCAUUCAAAUCACACAAGUAACAAUAAAUGACUGUAUUGUAAAAGAAUUUAGAGUUUUGAAACAAUAAAAGAUUGACC